AUGGUAUCUAUUAGUAUAAAGCAAUCUCAAAUCUCAUAUACAAGUGUGUCAAAAGGAAAAAGAAAUCUUUUCAUGGCAUACCGUUUUUUGUUCUUGAAUGUAGCCGCAUUGCUGUUAUGGUCUCCAACACUUUCACUGGCUACAAACGAUACCGAUCAUAUUGCACUUCUAGCCAUCAAGUCCAGCAUCAUUCAUGACCCCCAACAUGUUCUUGACUCAUGGAACACCUCCAUCCAUUUCUGUCAAUGGCAAGGUGUUACAUGUGGUCAUCGGCAUCCUAGAGUCACCAUGUUAGACCUUGGAUCUCGAGGCAUUGCUGGUUCACUGUCACCUCAUAUUGGAAACUUAAGUUUUCUCAGAGUGUUAAAUCUACAGAAUAACACCUUGAAAGGUGUAAUCCCACCUCAAUUAGGAAAUUUGUUUAGGUUGCAGGAACUUAUUCUCCGCAAAAAUUCUUUUGAAGGAGAAGUUCCAGCCACUUUAUCAAACUGUACAAGGUUAACCGUUCUUAAGUUUGGUAGGAACAAUCUAGUUGGCAAGCUUCCACAACAGCUUAGUGCACUGGUGAACCUGAUGGUGUUCGUCAUUGAGGCUAAUGGUUUUACAGGAGGGAUACCAUCUUUCUUUGGAAACUUCACUUUUCUCAAAAGCUUAUAUGCCACCGAAAAUAAUCUAGGCGGAAGCAUUCCACACACUUUAGGUCACUUGUACAACUUGCAAGUAAUUAGUUUUGGUUCUAACCAUCUUUAUGGUACGAUCCCUAGAUCCUUAUACAAUUUAACAUCUUUAAAACAUCUUAGUAUACCAGAUAAUUCAUUCGGUGGAAGCUUACCAAAAGAUAUAGGCGUGCAGCUUCUCAGUCUUGAGCUUUUUUAUAUAUGGGGUAACAAAUUUACUGGAAGCAUACCUUUCUCAUUUUCUAAUUGUUCACACUUGUUAGACUUUGACUUGGGAGACAAUAGUUUUACUGGGAAGGUUAACAUAGAUUUCAGACUUAUGCCAAAUCUUAGGAUUGUUGUGUUAAGAUUUAACCGUUUGGGGAGUUCAGAACCUGAUGAGAUGAACUUCAUCAAUUCCAUGGUCAAUUGUAGCACACUGGAUAGGAUAGAUCUUGGUAGGAACCUAUUAAGCGGAAUUCUUCCUAGUUCUAUAGGCAAUCUCUCAUCUCAACUAACAGCUCUAACAUUUGAUCAUAACUUCAUUUAUGGGAACUUGCCUUCUGGGAUUGCGAAUCUUGUGAAGUUAGAGAUAUUAUAUAUAGACUCUAAUCAGUUCAUGGGGAUAAUUCCAAGUGAACUUAGUAAUCAACAAAACCUUAAAUAUUUAUACAUGUAUGACAACUUCUUCACCGGAAACUUUCCAAAAUUUAUAGGAAACCUGUCAUUAUUGCUAGAGUUGAGUUUGGCAAAAAAUAGCUUAGAAGGACGUAUAUCUACAAAUCUUGGAAACUGCAGGAGUUUGUUGGCGUUGGACCUUUCCGUAAACAAUCUUACUGGCCCUAUACCCGUUGAACUUUUUCAGCUAUCAUCCCUGUCGAUAAUUUUAAAUCUUUCUCAAAACUAUUUAGUUGGAUCCCUUCCCCAAGAGAUAGGAAAACUCAAAAGUUUGACGGCACUUGAUUUGUCACACAAUGAUCUGGUUGGACCAAUACCAAAUGGCAUUACAAGCUGUAUAAGCCUUGAGUACCUAAACCUGAGUGCCAAUUCCUUUCAAGGUCUGAUACCUCCCUCAAUGAGUGUUCUUAGAGGUACCACCGACCUUGAUCUUUCCAAUAACAACUUCAUUGGACAAAUUCCGAAAUUCUUGGAGAAACUAAACUUGUCUUCAUUAGACUUGUCGUUCAACAAUCUUGAUGGUGAGGUACCGUUGGAAGGUAUUUUCAAAAAUGCGAGUUUGAUUUCGAUUCAAGGGAACAAUAGGCUGUGUGGAGGCCUCCCUCAACUUCGCCUGCCCAAAUGUGCCAUAGUAUCAAGGUCAAAGACAGGUUCUAGAACAUUGCGUGUUAUUCUAAUAGUCUUUCCAAUUUGCUUGCUUUUAGUUGUAGCAAUGGUUUUAUUUUAUUGGAAAAGAAGAAAGGCACAAGCACAACCAACAGAAGCUUUGUAUGUGCAGCCGUUUUUAAGAGUUUCUUAUGGAAGCAUACUCAGAGCUACCGAUGAGUUCUCUCAACAAAACUUGGUUGGGAUAGGGGCUUUUAGUGCUGUUUAUAAGGGUAUUUUAAAACCGGCUGAUGGAACGGUUGCUAUCAAGGUUUUAAAGCUUGGAAAUGAAGGAGCUUUGAAGAGUUUCGUGGUGGAGUGUGAGGCUUUGAAAAACAUAAGGCAUCGUAAUCUUGUGAAAGUCAUUACUUCCUGUUCAACGGUUGAUUUUCAGGGUAAUGAUUUCAAAGCUAUUAUUUACGAGUUCAUGCCAAAUGGGAAUCUUGAAAGGUGGCUACAUCCAAGUUCAGAACAGGAGGUUGAUUUCGUUGAAGAUCGUCCACAAAGAUUGACCCUUCACCAAAGAGUAACGAUUGCAACAGAAGUAGCUCAUGCCAUGCAUUACCUCCACCAUGAGUGUCAGGUGCCCAUAAUUCACUGUGAUCUGAAACCAAGCAAUAUCUUACUUAACAGUGAUAUGGUUGCUCACAUUGGUGAUUUCGGGCUCGCAAAGUUUCUUCCAUUAAAACCACACGAAAGCAGUACAGUUGGAUUAAGAGGGACUAUUGGAUAUGCACCUCCGGAGUAUGGUCUUGGAGGUGAGAUGACAAAAGAAGGGGAUAUCUACAGCUUUGGGAUAUUGAUAUUAGAGAUGAUAACGGGAAAGAGACCCACGGACCGGCUUUUUCAGGAAGGAUUGAACCUCCACCGCUAUGUGACGAUGUCUUUGCCUAAUCGUCUAAUGGAGAUAAUUGAACCUACCCUUUUGUCUAUCAUUGAAAAUGCAAAUUUCAGCCAUGAGGAUGAAGCUAGAAAGUGGGAGAUGUUGGAAGAAAGCAUGAUUUUAUUGGCAAGAAUUGGGUUGGCAUGCUCGAUGGAAUCUCCCAAAGAGAGGAUGAACUCAAACAAAAUCAUCCACGAGUUGCAUCACAUCAAUAGUCUCCUCUUACGUUCUUUUAAAUUAUGAUUGAAACGUAAAGGAAUUGAUGCUAUUGGCUAGCUCGUAAGUCUCGUAUAUAUAAUAAGAGGGGUAUAAUGUGUAAACGACAAAAAAGAACAGCGUGUCUGUUCAGGA